AUGGUCAUUGGCGCUCUGCUGCAGUGUACUUCCUACGAUCUCGCUCAGUUCAUUGUCGGACGUCUGGUUACUGGUUUCGGUGAGUCAGCUGCAGCAAAAAAUGUGUCAAGCCGGCUAACAACAGCAGGAAACGGCAUGAACACUUCAACCGUCCCUACGUGGCAGUCCGAGUGCUGCAAGUCCAACCGUCGCGGUCAGAUGGUCAUGAUCGAGGGUGCGAUGAUUACAUGCGGUAUCACCAUCUCAUACUGGAUCGACUACGGUCUUCUCUUCACGGAUCCCAGCGAAGUCGCCUGGCGAUUCCCUCUCGCGUUCCAGAUUUUUUUCGCCCUCAUUAUACUCGCCUUCGUCAUGUUCCUUCCAGAGUCCCCCCGUUGGCUCGUGCUCAAGGGUCGUGAGGAUGAAGCUCGCGAAGUCCUCGCUGCUCUGGUCGGUGACGGCGCCGACCCUACCUUCCUUCAGACCGAAUUCACUUCGAUCAAGGCCACCGUGUUGGAGAUGGCCAAGGGCUCCUUCAAGGACAUGUUCACCAUGAACGAGGACCGCCACUUCCACCGUACCGUGCUCGCCUACGUCAACCAGAUGUUCCAGCAGAUUUCUGGUAUCAACUUGAUCACCUACUACAUUCCCGUCGUGCUCGAAGAGCAGCUUGGCAUGUCUCUCGAGAACUCUCGACUGAUCGCCGCUUGCAACGGCACUGAGUACUUCCUCGCCUCCUGGGUUGCCGUCUUUACGAUUGAAAAGUUCGGCCGUCGCACGCUCAUGCUCUUCGGCGCCGCCGGUAUGUCCAUCUCCAUGGCUAUCCUCGCUGGUACCGCCAGUGCCAAAACCGACUCGGCCAACAUUGCCUGCGCCGUCUUCCUCUUUGUCUUCAACACUUUCUUCGCCAUCGGUUGGCUCGGUAUGACCUGGCUCUACCCGGCUGAAAUCGUUCCCUUGAAGAUUCGUGCCCCGGCCAAUGCUCUUGCCACGUCAUCCAACUGGAUCUUCAACUUUAUGGUCGUCAUGAUCACCCCCGUUGCCUUCCGUAACAUCGGCUACCAGACCUACAUUAUCUUCGCCGUCAUCAACGCCUUCAUCUUCCCCGUCGUCUACUUCUUCUACCCCGAGACCGCCUACCGCUCCCUCGAAGAAAUGGACCGCAUCUUCCGCAAGACAACCAGCGUCUUCAACGUCGUCAAGAAAGCCAAGGAGGAACCACACAUGUACGGCAAGAACGGCGAGCUCCUUCGCCAGCUCAGCGAUGUCGAGGACGACGCUGUCCGCCGCGCGAGCAUCCUCGAGCACCACGGCGGCAAGGACCACGACUCUAGCGAUGGAAACACCAGUACCACCGAGAAGGUGGAAGUGGCAUAA